AUGAUAAUAGGAGUGUCAGACCUUCGUGGGGUAAACCUCUUAAAUGGCACUCCUCAAAAGUUGCUCAAGAUCGCUGAAGCGGCGAAAGCCAGCGGCACGAGGCUGCCAACGGUGAAGAAGCUUCGCACACAAGGAGUUUUUCUACCGGAAAGGAUCGCCAAGGAUGUCGUUUCGAUCUUCGAGCCUGACGAACUGCGAGACUGUUAUGGCAUGACCGAAGUCAGCGGCUUCUUGGCUGUGCCUCCGAGGGGAGAGCUGCCACAAGGAAACGUUGGAUUUCCCGUCUGCGGUACAAAAAUGAAAGUUGUUAAUCCCGAAAACAGAACGGUUUUGGGUGCGAUGGAAAUCGGCGAAGUGCUCUUCCAAUCCCCAUACGUCAUGCGGGGUUAUUACAAGAACGCUGCAGCUACGAGAGACUUCAUUGACAGUGAAGGAUGGUUACACACAGGCGACCUCGGCUAUUACGACAACGACGGUAGGCUGUUCCUCGCUGGGCGGCUGAAGGACACCAUGUUCCGCAUGUCGAAGCACAUGAAUCCGGCCGAAAUAGAGCAAUGCCUCUACGCCCACUGGGCCAUCGCCGAGGCAGCCGUGCUACCAGUUCCCAGGGACGACACCGACGAUGACCCGGCUGCUAUCAUCGUUCUCAAAGAGGGCAUAGUCGGGGACCAGAGGCUGGCCGAGGAUAUAAAAGCAUUCGUCGCUGAGCGACUGGCGCCGUACAAGCAUCUGCACGGGGGAGUAUUCUUCGCAGAAUGCAUUCCAAAGACAAGCUUCGGGAAAUUUAAAAGACGGCUACUGCCCGAUAUGCUCAAAUCACUCAAAGGAAUUGACAAAUCAUCCUCGUAG